AUUCGCCACGGUUGCCUUUGCGAAACGGUGCUGCUUAGCACGAAAAACCUUCAACUGUUUGACGAGAGUCGUAUUGUUGGAGGCCAGCCAGCGAGUAUCGACGAACAUCCGUAUCAGGUGUCUCUUCAAUAUAACAAUCGUCACGUAUGCGGUGGCUCUAUCAUUAGUGAGAGAUGGAUCGUCACGGCCGCGCACUGCGUCCAGAGCCUCUUCGUUCGUUUCUUCUCGAUCAAGGCGGGCACUUCCGAUCUCACUAACGACGCAGCCGUAGUGAUCGACGCGGAGGAAAUUAUUGUUCAUGAGAAGUAUAACAGAAAAACCGCGGAUUACGACAUCGCCUUGAUUCGGCUGGAAAAGCCGUUGGUGUACGGCACGCGGGUGAGGCCGAUCCUGCUGGCACCGAUAGCCGAUCAUUAUGCGGCUGGUAGCAAGGCGAUGGUCACCGGUUGGGGAGUUAUGAGAAACAACGGCCCGCUGGCCACACAGUUACGCAAGGUCCAAGUACCACUCAUUUCUAGCGCGCAGUGCUCCCGAUUGUACGUAACCAGGCCAAUCACGCGGCGAAUGAUCUGCGCCGGUUACGUGGACAUCGGUGGCAAGGAUUCGUGUCAGGGUGACAGCGGCGGACCAAUGGUGCAGCACGACAAACUGAUUGGUAUAGUAUCGUGGGGCUACGGAUGCGCGAGGCCAUCUUAUCCCGGCGUUUACACGCGCGUGACAGUUCUCCGACGCUGGAUCACCGAGAAAACCGGUCUGUGAGCGUUUUUCUGUUUAUCCUAGUCGCGAGCACGAAACGUUAUUGAACCAGCUACGAACUCGAAAAUUCCUCCUGCAAACAAUUCGCGUCGCCGCCAUGCCUGCCUGCCACCCUCUUUGUUUGCAAAGAGCGUCGAACGCGUUUCACGAGCGCGAGAACCAGCCGCGCUUACUUUCUCGCGGCGUAAUCUGAUCUCGACACACUGAAAUAUCACCAUUGAUUUUCUUUUCUCUAUUUUUAAUCACGCCACGAGUUGGGAUUGUAGUAUCGGAUAAUAAAUAAAUUGUGUUUCGUA